UUGACCUAAUUCUCAACAACCUGCUCUGUGUGUUUUUUACCCUAGUAGUUUGACGUACUUACUAGCGAUAGAGGUCUAAGUAUAUCCUCCUUCAUGAUUUACUUGAAUCCUUUGCUUGAUUUCACCUCUUGUUUAGGUAUACAAAUGAUAGUUGAUUAUGUUAUAGUUAGUCAAGUGUUUGAGGUAGUUAUGUAAACUUUUGCUCAUAAUUGGGUUGGGGUUAUCAGCAGGUGAAUAUUAUUAAUGUUACUUACCUUGAUGAUGAGGGUGUUUAGGGGAGGGGGGGCACCUCGUUAAUUUUCCGUGAUAAAGUUUUUCAACGCGUUAUACAUAACAAAUCCCACCCCCACAACAAAAGUUCCACGCGUGAUUUUUCCACGAAAUCAAUUUUCUUUAUUUUUUCAACGCGUUAUUGUUUUGUUUUGUGAUUGUAAUUGUUGGUUGGGGGGAAAUUGUUGGCUGUGGUGGUGAGUGAUGACCACCCCCGCUAAAAAAGGUUGUGAGUGAUAGAAAAAUGGUUGCUGACAUGGCGGAACUUGAUUGGUGCUUGUGAGUGAUAGAAUUCUAUCACUAGUGACCACCCCCCUCCCCUUAUAGUAGGUGAAGGAAACAGCAGCCAGCAUAAAUAAGAGAGGUUAGAAGAUGAAAGUAAACCGGAUGUAAUAGAAUAAUACUUGUACUAGUUACAUCCGGUAAAAACCAUACAGCCAAACGCUUAUGAAACGUCUUGAGAUUGUGUCUGCCAGUCUCUGAUUGUUCAGUUUACGCAAAAAAAUAUUUGAGUCUGUGUUAAAAGAGACAUUCGACGUUGUUUCACUUGCUACUGAACAUGAACUUAAAAGCAGGGAAUCAUAUACGUCCUCUAUCUUUUAACUGUUAAUAUUCUAGCCUUGAGGACAAGUGCUGUUAUGAGUGGUCUACUAAUAUUUAAAUGAUUUUUUUUUGGCAAUUUCACUCCAAUGUAUUAGCCAUUUUAAGACUACUUUAAAUAUUUGGGGUCGUUUGUACAAAGAGAUGGUGGCAUAGAUAGUGAUGUAACCCAUUGCAUACAGGCUGGCUGGUGUAGAUGGAGGGCAGCUAGUGGGGUAGUGUGCGAUAGGAGGUUCCCAACUAAACUAAAGGGAAAAUUUUACAGGGUAGCAGUUAGGCCCGCUAUGCUAUAUGGAACAGACUGUUGGGCUAUCAAGAAGACACAAGCGCUCAAGAUGGAGGUAGCAGAGAUGAGGAUGCUGAGGUGGAUGUGUGGUCACACGAGGUUAGAUCGUAUAAGAAAUGAGGUUUUUAGGAAAAGAUUAGAAGUGGCUAGUAUAUCAGAUAAGAUUAAGGAGGGGAGAUUGAGAUGGUUUGGGCAUGUGAAGCGGAGAAAAACGACGACACCAGUUAGAGUAGUGGAAACUCUUACUGUGGAGGGGAGGAGAGGAAGAGGCAGACCCAAACUGACAUGGGAUGAGCAAAUUAGGCAUGAUUUAGAGUUGCAUCUUUCUGAGGACAUGGUCCAAGAUAGGACUGCGUGGAGACGUAGGAUUAGGGUUAAGGACUUCUAGAGGAUAUUGCAGAAAGGUCUUAGGUGUAGUUUAGGGACGUAGGUUUUCUUAUUCUUUAAGUGACCUUACCGGUGAUUGCUUUCUUGUGUUUAUGCCCAAAUGAUGUUGUAUGCUAUUAUACAUGAUUUACAUUAUAUUAUGUCACUCUGAUAACUUUCUUGGUAUUGCUGACUUCUUAUUUCUAUAUUCUUUGACUUGUUGUGUUGGUAUGCUGUUCGUUUUGGAGCCGAGGGUCUCUCUGGAAGCAGCCUCUCUAUCCCUAGGGAUAGAGGCAAGGUUUGUCUACAUCCCACCCUCUCCAGACCCUAUAAGUAGCUUUGCUAUUUGUGGGAUUUACUAGGUGUCUGAAUCUUGAUUGGACGCUUGUGUUGUUUUAGAACUUGUUUUCAACAAUUCAGAGUCGAAACCAGUAGAUAUGACGUCUAGACGGAACAUUAAUUACACUCGACUGGCUGUCGAUGAAGACAAUGUUGGUAGAGAAGGCACAUUUGACCCUAGGUUUGACAUGUCAGCAGAAUCAUUCGAUAAAGUCCCAUGGAAGUCCAUUGCGCUUGCACUUUUUCUUCUCUUUUUUGGAUGCGUGCUUCUACUCCUUUCAUUAUUCAUCUUCACAGGCCACAUGGGCGGUGACCGGUCGCAAGCGUAUGGCCUGUUUGGACUUGGGACACUCACCUUCCUCCCAGGGUUCUACGAGACACGAAUUGCAUAUUAUUCAUGGAGGGGUGCAAAAGGGUACCGUUUUGCAGCCAUCCCUGGUUAGUAAGUAUCAUUACCGUCUUUCCUGAUCUUCUGCAGUCUGUUAGCGGCGGUUGCUUUUAUGUUUAGCUGUAUAUACGUCACAUUUCCAAGUUAUGUACAAAUUUCAGAUCGAGUUAGACAUUUCAACAGUAGUUUUUUUACUAGAAGUUUGUUUGAGUUUUUGCAGCCAGUUCUUUUUAUAUUUAAUAACUAACCAAUAAUGCUUA